ACCGUGGACGUCAUGAACUCACGACACCGACGGGGAGGCAAAGCACAAGUCCGGUGUGCGCGCCGCCGCUUUCUCCAGGUUACUGCAGAGCCGACCGACUUUGGCCGAGGUCACAAGUCUUCGAACAUGCCUGACCGCUCGAAUCUUACAUCAACUUCACUGUCGAACUUUGGUACAGUGUGGAGCACUUCGGUGCAUUUCUGCCUGUGCUGGCUGUGGGCAGAUCACCUGAAGUGGAGGGUUGGGUUGCAACACAUGACUGGACGUGUCGGAACCCACUUGAAUUAUCCUACCCUGACCCUGUGA